CAAUGCGAAAGUGAUGAAAAACCGGAUGAUUGCGCAUGCGUACAACAGGCUCCUCCGAUACCAGCGCCUCAUAUUCCGAAGUAAAAUCCAGAAUCCUAAACAUUACGUCCAUUUUCGCUGAGUGCGGAGACGCAUAUAUGAGACCAUGGACACAACUAUUUCAUCAAGUGAAACUCCUACUUUUACUUCUAAGCCCAUCACUUCUUUAUCUCUGAAAAUAUGUUCUGCUCCUGAAGUUAUCCCUACAGGAAAAGAAUUAUGUGUUCAACAUAUAGACUCCACUUCGAAGGAACUACUGCACAAUCCAAAAUUUGAAGAGCUUUUUGCACCUGAUGUCGGGCCAGAAAAUCCCUUUAAGACACAGCAGCAAAGAGCUGCCAAAAAUAUGCUCUCUGGUUAUGUAGAACAGGCUCAUAUUAGUGAAUUUCAAUUUGAAAAUCAAAGAAGAACAUUUCAAAGUUAUGGCUAUGCAUUGGAUCCUACUGUGGACGGUAGUGCUGAAGAGGGUAAAACUUUAAUUGGUGCUAAAGAAGUGGCCGAGGAAUCUGGUGCAAAGACUGUAUUUGAAAGUACUACAUUAAGACCUGCUGAUAAAAGAAAAAGGAAUAGAAAUGAUGAUCCGGCAGAUAUAGAGGGAUUUUUAGGUCCAUGGGGUGGAUAUGUGGAUGAAAGGAGAGUAGUGAAACCAUCUGAUGAAGAAGCUGCAGAACUUGAGGAGAUUUUAGCUAAAAGAAACAAGAGAGGCAAACAGACAGAAGAGAAACCUCUUGAAGAAAAAACUGUUUUGCAUAUCAAGGACAGUGUUGACUAUCAAGGACGGUCGUUCUUACAUGCACCUCAGGAUGUGGGUGUUAAUCUCAGGUCAGAGUCACCACCUGAACGUUGUUUCUUGCCGAAGGCACAAAUACAUACUUGGGAAGGCCAUACGAAAGGAAUAUCACAAAUUCGAUGGUUUCCAAAAACUGCUCAUUUGUUACUGUCAUGCAGUAUGGAUUGCAGAGUAAAGUUAUGGGAAGUUUAUAAAGAUAGAAGGUGUGUUCGUACUUACUAUGGUCAUCGUCAAGCUGUUCGCGAUAUAAGUUUUGACAAUGACGGCAAAAGGUUCUUAUCUGCUGGUUAUGAUCGUUAUGUCAAAUUAUGGGAUACUGAAACUGGAGCAUGUAUAAGUCGUUUUACAAGCAGAAAGAUUCCAUAUUGUGCUAAAUUCAAUCCUGACCCAGACAAGCAGCAUCUAUUUGUAGCAGGAACUAGUGACAAGAAAAUCAUUUGCUGGGAUAUCAGAUCUGGCGAAAUAACACAAGAAUAUGAUCGGCACUUGGGUGCUGUGAAUACAAUCACAUUCGUUGAUGAAAAUCGCAGAUUUGUUACUACCUCAGAUGACAAAAGUCUUCGAGUAUGGGAGUGGGACAUUCCAGUUGAUAUGAAAUACAUUGCUGAUCCUACAAUGCAUUCGAUGCCUGCAGUGACACCAUCUCCAAAUCAAAAAUGGCUUGCAUGUCAAAGCAUGGAUAAUAAGAUUGUCAUAUUCUCAGCGUUAAACCGAUUUAAAAUGAAUCGCAAGAAGACUUUCACAGGACACAUGGUAGCUGGGUACGCUUGUGGUCUUGACUUCUCUCCAGAUAUGAGCUACCUUGUAUCCGGUGAUGCUGAUGGCAAAUGUUAUGUGUGGGAUUGGAAAACAACUAAGCUGUAUAAAAAAUGGAAAGCUCAUGAUGGUGUAUGCAUUGCUACACUUUGGCAUCCUCAUGAACCGUCACGUCUAGCCACUGCUGGCUGGGAUGGAAAAAUAAAGUAUUGGGAUUAAAUACUAUGGUCUCCUGCACCUUCUGUGUAUAAUUAUGAAUAUCUAUGAGUCAGAUAACGUCAACUAUGAGUUAUACAUAUUAUAAAUAGUUAUAAUUAUAAAAACUAAUUUUUAUACGUUUAAAUGACUACACUGUGGAAAUCACAUUACACGCGUAUGCUGUUCGGAAUGUAA